AACAUUUGACAGUAAUUGAUGAUAAAAAUUGACAAUGAUUAUAAACACAAAUCAAGUUUUAAAGAAUAUUAAAAAUUCCAAAAUGUUGAAAUUCAGUUUUAUUUGCACUUGUAUUUCUUUUUUCAUUCAAGUAACGAAGGUUUCCACUCAAUCUCUACCUAAUCAACCUGAGAAAAUACCACCUGUGUGGGCUGCUCCAGAAUUAGGCUAUGAUACAAGUAGAAUUCGACCACAUGAAAUAUUUAUUACUUUAAUAAACAAGUCAGGAAGAAGAGCAAAUAUCUACCAGUCAGAUCCAGAUGGAGCUGAAACAUUCUAUCGCUUUACAAUUCGACCAAAUGAGCGAAAAACAUUAAGUUUUUUUCCAGACAGCUCAUUCUUUGAGGCAUUUGAUUUUUUAACAAAAAGAGAUCUUUUUAUAAAUGGAUACAGAAGACUGGAAACAGAUAGGUUAUAUACAGGAUAUCCAAAUGAUGCUUUCAUUACAGCGUAUAAUCUUCCACCGGAAUUUAAUCCAAACUCAAAAUCACCUCCAGCUUAUAUUGAAACAUUAGUUAUGGUUGAUCUUUCGAUGAUUAAAUACCAUGGUGAAAAUGUUGAAAAUUUCACAAUGACUAUUAUGAAUAUGGUAACAAGAGUAUACAUGCAUAAAAGCUUAAACAUUCCGCUUUACAUUUCUGUAACUAAGUUUGUGAAGAUGGAAGUCCCUCCACCGAAUUACAAUAUUGAAGCUAAUAAUCCUUCGAGCAGUGUUGAAGUAGCAUGUGAAUUUGCAAACACAUUUUUUAAUGACAAUUAUACAUUUGAUUUUGUCCUUAUUUUAACGAGAGAAAACAUUGGUCCAGCAGGCUAUGCAUUAAUGUAUACCAUGUGCUCAAAAGGUAGUUGUGCACUAGUUAAAGAAGAUGGUUUUGACACAGCAUUUACUAUUGCUCACGAGUUAGGGCAUUCUUUAGGAAUAGAUCAUGAUGAAGGUCCGUGUGCUUUAGGAAGUAGUCCUACUAUAAUGGCCAGGAAAAUAUUAGCUACCAGUGCAAAUUAUAUGUGGUCAGAAUGCAGUCGAAGAAUUUUGAAAGAAAAUCUUAAUUAUUUUCUCUGUUUGGCAAAUGUUCCUAAAUUAAUUACAUCAUUUCAAGACAAUAUGAUGAAUUUGCCUGGAGAGUCAAUUUCGUUAGAUAAGCAAUGUAAAGUACGCUAUGGCGACCAAUCUAUUUCCUGCACCACAGAAUCUAAAUCUUAUCAAUCAUCUGUGUGUAAACAUUUAUGGUGUCAUCCUAAGUAUGGUACACCUUGUGUACCACUUUGGUCACUAUCUCCAUUAGAAGGAACUACCUGUGAUCAAGACAAGUGGUGCAUAAAUUCAGCCUGCAUUGUUAAAAAAAAAGAAUUUCCAGUUCAUGGAGGAUGGUCACAAUGGUCAGACUACACACCACCUUGUGAUAAUUCAACUAAAAGUUUGUUGAUUCAACAAAGAACAAGAUCCUGCACAAAUCCGAAACCUAAAUUUAAUGGCAAUCCAUGUAAAGGAGUAUCUAGUGAAAACAGAGCUAUUCUAUCCGGUGACAUGGGAGCAUGCAUACCAUAUACGUUCAAAAAAUUAACACUUGAUGAAGUAUUAUACAAUAAAACAAUACAUCAUGAUAAUUGUGGAAAGAUUAAAAAAGACAACAAACUUUGGAUUUUAUAUUCUAGCGAUAUGCAGAAAGCAUUUUUUGACGAUUUAAAUGUUUCGUGCGAUUUUGAAAAAGAAGGGUGCCAAUGGAAAAGUUCUGAAAAGGGUGUUAAGGCGUGGAAUAUUGGUCAAGGCCCAACUGCUUCCUUAAACACUGGACCUUCUUUUGAUCACACAUUAAAAAACUUGUCUGGGCAUUACUUAUAUUUUGAAGCUUCCUGGAUUCAAGGCACACCACGUCUUAAGAAUAACGAUCGCAUCAUUUUGGAGUCCCCGACGAUUUUAGCACCUUAUGCAUGUCUAAAAUUCGCAUAUCACAUGUUUGGAGUUGACAUAAAAGGGCUUGAAGUGUAUUUGAACAGUGGUAUACAUAAGAAAAAAAUUUGGCAUAGAGACGGACCUCUUGGAAACAAAUGGAAUACGGUGGAAUUAGAUCUUUCAAUAAACAUUGAAUAUUAUAUAAGUAUUGAAGCCGUUCGUGGUAAUAGUCAUCUAAGUGAUAUAGCGAUUGAUGACAUCAUAUUGCAUAAUGGAUUGUGUUCUUCAUCAAAAGAAAAUUUAACGCAACAGUGUUCAGUUACUUGCGUUGACAGCGAGUUAAUGGCAAUGUUAAAAAGCAGUGCGCAUGACGGAGCUCCUUGUGUUUCCGCUGAAACAGAAAAUAGUUUGUGCCUUGACAAAAAGUGUGAGCCAAUAAACUGCAACGGAGUCAUUGGGAAAUUAACCUGUUAAAACUUUUUUAUUGAGCAUCACAUGGCUUUUAUAGCAGAAAAGCAUUUACAAAAUUCAACAAGUGCGUUAUUUCAAAUUAUUUAAAGGCAAAUAUUUGAGUAAAUAAAUUUAUUGGUUAGAAUCAGUGGAAUGUUAGAAUUAAUAUUUCGUUAAAAAAUGAAAAGAUUUAAAAUAAUAA